AUGGAUCCCCGUAAGGUAACCACUGAAGCUACCCGUAAGGCAACCACUGAAGCUAAGGUCCCUGCUAAGCGAUCAAAGGCUACAAGCCACUUACCUGUUCAUAGACGCCAGUUCUAUCACUCUCGAACCGGUCAGCCAAUGACACUUGAGGAAGUAAUUUCUGACCAAGAUAGCGGUAACGAAGCCGACCAUGAGGUUGAGACUGAGGGCAUUGAUUAUUCUUCUAUGAAGAAUAAUGAAAUUGUGGAGCUAUUCAUACAAAUGUGGAACUCUUUUGCAAAAAAGAAUAUGGUUCUCGUUGAUGGUCAUAUUCCUUGGGCAUGUGAAGCAUUUUCAAGACUGUACAAGAAGGAGUUGCACGACAACUUACCACUCGACAUGUGCUGGAGAUUAUUCAUGAUUCGACAUUGGGAUUUUGGAAUUCUUGACGCAGCCACCAUAAACAAGUGCAAUACCAUCAUUAAGAAUUACUCUCCUAGCUCAGACAUGGACGUUGACAAAAAUGAUCACACAAGCAAAACCAAGGAGGGUGACAAAGAAGCUACUACACAUACACAUGCAUCAAGUAGUGAACCUAGUGCAUGUAAAAAUGGGGAAAAAGAUGGAAUGGAUGUGGGAGCAAAAGCUCUCGACACAGCAGAACCUUCGCAAGUUAAUGUGGAGAUGACUACACCUUUUCAGAGAAAUUCAGGAAAAAGGCCGAUCAAACAAACUCCAAAGGCCAAAGAGAUGAUAGAGAAGAAAUGGGAUACUUAUUUUAGCCGUGGAAACAGUAGUAGCAGAGGUCAUGGUCGUGAAGGUCGAGGUGGUCGUGGUCGUGGAGGCCAGGACGGUGGUGGAACCUCCAUCUAA